GGGGACUCAAACCUUCUGCAUUUGCAUCAGCGCAGGAGCCGAGAGCGGUGCUGCGCGGAGAGACGGGCGAAGUGGAAGAAACAACUUGCGGCACAUCAACCAGGACUUUUCCGUUUAUCCAUUUUUUUCGGUCCCUCUGGUAUUUUAGGAACUGCUUACAUUUACCAUUACACUGGCCGGAUUUAUCUUGACACAGUGCCGAUUGAAAGGGGGCGAAACAAGGAGAGAGUCCUGGAGAGAUCAGCGCCGGGGAGGAGACUAGUCUGUACGCGGAGAAGAGAGCGAGUGGCCGGCUAUCGGCUGUGCGUCUUUGCGCGCUUCCGACCGAGGACCAAACUGGACGGCGCUGUGGUUCUUCCUUGGCGUAGGGAGAGGACGUAGGGGAGAGGGGCAACUUGCUUUUGUGAGUCUCCGGAGAAGAUCUAGUGUAAUUUGACCAGAAUCCGAGGUGGAAGCCUGUCGGAUCGUAGCAGCACUCUGCACCUCCACAUCGGAGGUAGAGAGAGAGGAGGGCUGGAUGCCUGCGGCUUUGCGAGUCCUCAAGACGCAGCCAAGGAUUAGCUCCUGCUCGGGCACCGUGUGACGGAGUAACAACGCAACAACAUCAACGGAGAGUGGUGACAUUUCAUCUUCCACAUCUUCGGCAGCUUCGAGAGGGAUAUGGCAUGGUGCGCGCUGGAGAGAGAAGCGCAGCCGGCACAGGCGAGAGGAAACAGGAGCUGAAUGACAGGAUGCCAGCGACCUGAGCCCCUACACUUCUAACUUCGUUUUUUUAAGAGACGCUACCGCUUUAUUUUGGUCCGAAUAAGAAGAAGAGUCGCCGCUGGAAGAACCCGUCGGAAGAGUUUCGUUACGGAGUUUCUAUCUUUUUUUGUAUGUGUAAUUUAAUUUUUGGGGCGAGGAAACGAGGAUGCAUUGUGGAUUAGUCUUGAUCCUGUUCAUGGGAAUCCUUCUGGUGGUAAAGGCUUUCAAAAACGAUAAAUGUGGAGGCAACAUCAGAAUCUCAACCGCCAACUACCUCACCUCACCCGGGUACCCGCAGUCCUAUACCCCGUCCCAGAGAUGCGUGUGGGUGAUAUCCGCGCCUGGUCCUCACCAGCGGAUCCUCAUCAACUUCAAUCCGCAUUUCGAUCUGGAGGACCGGGAGUGCAAGUACGACUACGUGGAGGUGAGAGACGGCGUGGACGAGACUGGCCAGCUGGUGGGGAAGUACUGCGGGAAGAUCGCUCCCUCUCCGGUCGUCUCCUCCGGAAACCAGCUUUUCAUCAAGUUUGUGUCUGACUACGAGACGCACGGGGCAGGCUUCUCCAUCCGCUAUGAAAUCUUCAAGACAGGUCCUGAAUGCUCGCGGAACUUCACCUCCAACAGCGGUGUCAUAAAGUCGCCCGGUUUCCCAGAGAAGUACCCCAAUAACCUGGACUGCACUUUCAUGAUCUUCGCCCCUAAGAUGUCUGAGAUCAUCUUGGAGUUUGAGAACUUUGAGUUGGAGCCCGACCCGACGCCCCCCACUGGAGUGUUCUGCCGCUACGACAGAUUGGAGAUCUGGGAUGGAUUCCCUGGAGUCGGUCCAUACAUCGGGAGGUACUGUGGGCAGAACACGCCAGGCAGGAUCAUCUCGUACACGGGCAUCCUGGCACUGACAAUCAACUCCGACAGCGCCAUCGCUAAGGAAGGCUUUUCGGCCAACUUUACCGUGAUCGAAAGGACUGUUCCAGAGGACUUUGACUGCAGCGACCCUCUGGGAAUGGAAUCGGGAGAGAUAACAUCGGACCAAAUCAUGGCCUCGUCCCAGUACAACCCCAGCUGGUCCCCAGAGCGCUCAAGACUCAACUACUACGAAAACGCUUGGACGCCGGCAGAGGACUCGAACAAAGAGUGGAUACAGGUGGACCUUGGGUUCUUGCGGUUUGUCUCGGCCAUUGGCAUGCAAGGCGCCGUUUCCCAGGAGACCCGGAAAAUCUACUUUGUCAAGUCCUACAAAGUGGAUGUCAGCUCCAAUGGAGAAGACUGGAUCACUUUGAAGGAAGGCUCCAAACAAAAGGUUUUUCAAGGCAACACUAACCCGAUAGACGUUGCCAAGACGAUGCUGCCCAAACCCACGCUGACGCGCUUUGUCCGAAUCCGUCCCGUUACCUGGGAAACAGGCAUCGCGCUGCGCUUCGAGGUGUAUGGAUGUAAGAUAUCAGAAUACCCUUGCUCUGGCAUGCUGGGCAUGGUAUCGGGUUUGAUCACCGAUAACCAGAUCACUGCAUCCUCCCAUACGGACCGGAGCUGGGUACCGGAGAACGCCCGCCUCCUGACCAGCAGGUCGGGUUGGACCCUUCUGCCCCAGCCCCAGCCCUUCACCAGCGAGUGGCUACAGGUGGAUCUUGGUGAAGACAAGCUGGUGAAAGGGUUGAUCAUCCAGGGAGGAAAGCACCGUGAGAAUAAGGUCUUUAUGAAGAAGUUCCGCCUCGGCUACAGCAACAAUGGCUCCGACUGGAGGAUGGUGUUGGACACUAGUGGGAACAAGCCAAAGAUGUUUGAAGGCAAUAGCAACUACGACAGUCCUGAACUGAGGACGGUGGAGCCCCUGCUGACCCGCUUUAUCAGAAUUUACCCAGAGAGGGCCACUCCUGCUGGCAUGGGCCUGCGGCUUGAGCUUCUGGGCUGCGAGAUGGAAGCCCCCACACUGCCCCCUACCACUCUCGUCCCGAGCACCACUCCGUCGGACGAGUGUGACGACGACCAGGCGAGCUGCCACAGCGGCACAGGUGAUGACUACGACGUGACAGGGGGGACCACAAUACCACCGACUACUGCUGCUGAAGUGGAUGGCAUUCCAGCCUUCCAGUGGUUUGCCUGUGACUUUGGAUGGGCCAAUGAUCCGUCCUUCUGCAGCUGGACAUCAGAGGACACUGGUUCCAGGUGGCAGAUCCAGUCCAGCGGUACCCCCACCCUCAACACUGGACCUAACAUGGACCACACAGGUGGUUCAGGUAACUUCAUAUACACCUUAGCAACAAGUCCACAAGAGACCGAGGUGGCUCGACUGGUCAGCCCACUGGUCAGCUCCCCGGACUCAGACCUGUGUGUGUCCUUUUGGUACCACAUGUUUGGAGCGCACAUUGGCACUCUUCAUAUCAAGCAGCGCAAGCAGACUGUUGAGGGACCAGCUGACAUCCUGCUAUGGACAGUCAGCGGUCACCAAGGCAAUCGCUGGAGGGAAGGUCGUGUUCUCGUGCCCCGCACCAACAAGCCCUAUCAGGUGGUUAUCGAAAGUCUGGUGGAGAGAAAGAGCUGGGGAGACAUUGCUGUGGAUGACAUUAAGGUUCUCAAUGGACUCAGCAUGAUGGACUGUAAAGAUCCUGACGUACCCACAGAGCCGAUGCUACCAGAGGAUACCUUCAACGAAAUCUUGGAGGAGAUCACUGAAUACCCCGACUUUGUGGAGACCAACCAGAUCAGCGGAGCCGGCAACAUGCUGAAGACGCUCGACCCCAUCCUGAUUACCAUCAUUGCCAUGUCCGCCCUGGGGGUCUUCCUGGGGGCCAUUUGUGGCGUGGUCUUAUACUGUGCAUGCUCACAGGGAGGCAUGUCAGACAGGAACUUGUCGGCCCUGGAGAACUAUAACUUUGAACUUGUGGAUGGUGUCAAGCUGAAGAAAGACAAAAUCAAUGUACAGAGCUCAUACUCAGAGGCGUGAGAUGGGAACCGGAGCAUUCGGGUAACUGUAUGACGUGCACAGCUCGCAGAGCGUGCACAAGACUGGUAUAGGCAUAUCCUCUCAUAUUUCCAUGUGUAGACCGGCUCAAAGGACUGCCAAUGCCCUCAACUCACUGGAUGAGGGACAUGUUCAGGAACCAAGGGGAGGGUCAGACUGAUCCAUGCUUUUCUCAGGAGCUGCAGUAACAAUAACCUACCAGUAGGGGACACUGUGUACAGAUGAAAUACCGAAAAAUAAUGUACAGAUGAUUAAGAUAAUAUUUUAAUUUUCUAUUUUGAUUUCUUCAUUUUUACAAUCGGAUGCUGGUGUUGAGACCAAUUUAUUAUAAAUGUUUAAAGUAUUUAUCAUUUUCUGGGAAAAGACAUUUUUGUUUGUUUUUAUUAUCAGUUUACAAAGGCUGUUUUGAAAGAAACGUAACAAAAUCAUUAAUGAACCACAUCCGGCAAAACUGUAGAUUUGCCCUAGCAUACAGGGUCUGCCCAUAACCCACAACCCUGAACCAUAUACCCUUUCCCCUUUGACUUUGUCCCCUUUGACCCACUCACGGCAAUGUAUGGUUCUGACAGUGCCUUUAGUACAUUUGGGUUCAGCCUCUUCCUUGAUCGGCGUGUUUUGUUAUGAUCACAGGAAACUGAGGCACAUUCUCUUUUAAAUACCCACAGAACAGGAAGACUCUACAACAGCGCUUUGUUUUUGUUUUUUUGUGUUCUCUGUCCAAAAACCACACACUGUAAAUACGUUUUAAUAUAUGUUGUUGCCUUUUUUAAAGAAAGGAAAAAGAAAAAAAAGCUGCAGUAUCCCUUUUUUCAUGGGUUUCUAAGUGUGUAAAUACAAUCUUCUGACUGUUUUGUGGAAGGUGCAGUGUUAUGUAUUGUUUUUUGGGUAGUUUUAGUUUAAUUUGCUCAGACGAGUAAGAUUUGUGUGGUCUUACAGCGUUUUUCAACGUGCAUUCAAGCCCUAUGUCAUCAAAAUACACCCACUUCACAAAAAACACCAAAUGACAAACAAAACAGAAACAAAAUCGAUGAACUCUCUUUUGACUAAUCUCACAUAUCUUCAUCAUAUCUGUUCUAAGUUUUAUCUAUCACCUGAACAUCUCCGCAACAAGCUGGUGAAAUAUAAAAAAUUGCUACCAGCAUACCAAAAAAACAAAAAACAACAACCACAAUCAUAAUCGCUUAGCUUUAGCUAAGACCUAGACUAGCUCGUCAACUCCGAACGUCACUGUGGAUUGUUCACUGAAGACGUGUAAUCCGGACAAUGCAGCUUGAAUGCACUUUGUCACUGACCCCCUCGUGAUAGGAGAUUGUGGAAGAAGGGGUUAAACACACUAACUGAAGAAUGGUGCUAUCAUUACUUUAGCCAGACACGUUUGUCUCACGAUGAACCCAGUUUGUAAUUCUUCACAUGCUGUAUUGUUUCUUAAGGCCUUCGGGACUGUGUUAUUUUUUUGCGUGUUCCACGUGUAGCAGCCAUAUCGUUGUGAUGUCAUUAGGAAGGGACAGUGGUGAGGGUGGGGGGGGGGGGUCGAGUGGCGUCUCCUGAAUCAGGUCACCUGGCCUCCCCUCGAUGGCCAAAGAUUACCAAAGGACGGUGGCCCCCCCUCUGGUUCACUAGGAUUUUUCACUUACAAAAUACAACAAGAACAUGGUUCCUGUCAUCAGCCCACCCAAAAGAGACGACUACUCGCUUUGCUCUGGACAGAAAAUCGAGAGAGGGGAUAAUGGGAUGCUGUUUUUUUCUCUCUUACUCUCUCUUUCUAAGCUUCAAACAAGUGCAAAUGUCACCUUGAUGUGAACUCUUCGGGUCUGUACUGAGUCUCUUGUUUGGGACAAUCCCACCGCUACACUACAAGGGGAAGGGACUCUAUGCGAACUCCCCGUGAGACAGUAUGGGGACACAAGGGCCCACAGGAAAGCAACUCUUUGGUUCUCCCGCACCACAACAAAACAAUCAAAAAACUCAAGAAGGGGGAGGGGGCAUCUUUUCAAUCUGUGUGCUUUGUACGUUGUGUGCCGUGGUGUACACAUUCUCAGCUUGUUCCUUUCAGAUUAGACCUCCCACUCCUCUCACCUUCACGUCUGCGCUCGUGGCUAUGGAGGACUGAAGCUAUGGAGGACUGUAGCUAUAGAGGACUGUAGCUAUGGAGGACUGUAGCUCCGGCGACGUCUGAUGAACUAGAGGAAAAGGAAAUUGUAGCGUGGACUCAAAACAAACAAUGUUGCACUGAUAAAUAUAUUUAAGAGGUUUAUGUGUUUAUAGCGUUAAUUUGCAAAAAAAAAGGAUUCAAAAACACAAAAGCGUGUUCAUUUAUUUCAUCUUUUUUAUAAAUAUAUAAAUAUAUAGUUUCAGAUUAUGUGAUAUAAUUCUGAGAUGUCAAAAUAUUGAGAUGUUUUCAUUAUUGAAAAAGGCAUACCAUUUUUCAAUGUCCCUUCCCCUCCAUUUACAUGGCAUAUUAACGCUUCAUUUUGUACUGUCAUUCAAAUUUUGAGCAGAUUUUUUUUUUUUUACAAGAACAAGAAAAGAAGACUUUUAUUUUCAAUAUUGCUUCUGUAAUUUGCUGUUGUAGGAAAAAAUGAAUAAACAGCAAGGCCUUAAAAGAAUGUUUGUCGUGACCCGGGAACUAUUUUUCCUUUUCGAGUCAGAUCCACAUCACAGCCGGUAACCAGCAGCUCUUUGACGCCACAUCUGUUUUUUGCAUCAAAGUAAUGUGAAAGCACUAUUUCAGUCAGCAAGAUAGUAAUGUAAACCAGAGCGACUUGUAGUCUUUGUCACACAGCUGUUGCUUUCAAAAUUCACAAAUAAAAGGUAUCUUCAGAUGAA